AUGCUCCAACUCCGAUUCUUACAAGCGUCUCUCUCUCCAAAACCCCACCUAACUUUUCCUCUCAUCUCUUCUUCUGGGUCAUUGAGAAUAUCACAAACAAAGCUCAGAUCGCAAAUGGGGUCUUACACGACGUCGUCUCAACAACCCUCAAAGCUGCUGUUCCGUCAGCUCUUCGAGAAGGAGUCCUCUACCUAUACUUACCUUCUUGCCAAUGCUUCUCACCCAGAAAAACCCGCCCUGUUGGUUGACCCUGUAGAUAAGACAGUAGACAGAGAUCUUGCUCUUGUUAAAGAUCUGGGCUUGAAGCUUAUAUAUGCGAUAAACACCCAUGUACAUGCAGACCAUGUAACUGGGACUGGCCUAAUUAAGACUAAAGUUCCUGGUGUGAAAUCUAUCAUUUCCAAAGCAAGUGACGCAAAAGCUGAUCUUGUGGUUGAACCUGGUGAUAAAAUCUGCUUUGGUGAUCUUUUUCUGGUGGUUCGUGCUACCCCUGGUCAUACAUUAGGUUGUGUUACUUAUGUUACAGGAGAUGGACCAAGUCGGCCUCAGCCAAGGAUGGCUUUCACGGGUGAUGCUCUAUUAAUACGCGGAUGUGGGAGGACAGACUUCCAGAUGAAGUGUAUCAUCGAUAUUGUCUGGGAACUGGUUUCUCAUGACAUAUCCUGUUCUGGUGUUGCAUGUUGUGUGGAAGUUCACAGCAACUAUAUAAGUCAGGUGCAUUCACAGAUCUUUACUUUACCCAAGGACACAUUGGUGUAUCCUGCUCAUGACUACAAAGGUUUCACUGUUAGUACUGUGGGAGAGGAGAUGCUUUUUAAUGCUCGCUUGACAAAAGAUGAGGAGGCAUUCAAGAACAUCAUGGCAAGUAAGUAA